UACCAUCAUCCAAACGCUCGAUCUGAGCUUUUGUUUGGUUACUCACAGAGAGAGAGAGAGAGAAAACGAAAAUACAAUGGUGUGUUGAGAGAGAUAGAUAGAGAGUUCGUGAGUGGAGUUUCAUUCAUUUCAUGUCUCUCCCUACAAAACGUUCUAGCGGCGCUACUUCAUCUUCAUCUUCUCCUUCAACCUCUAUGAAAAAAGCUAAAUCUUCUUCAACCUUCGACGACGUCGUUUUCGACUCUUCUAUGGACGACGAUCUCAAACCUACCGACCUUCCUCGCGGCGGCGCCGCCUCUAAUAUGGCUGCUAAUCUCGCUCGCAAAAAAGCUACUCCUCCUCAACCUGCUAAGAAGCUUCUCAUCAGGCUCCACAAAGGCAACCCAACAGUGCCCAGUAAUUUUGAAGACAAGACAUGGGCAAUUUUAAAGUCUGCUAUAUGUGCUAUAUUUUUGAAGCAACCCGACUCCUGCGACUUGGAGAAGCUUUAUCAGGCCGUCAAUGAUCUUUGCAUUCAUAAAAUGGGUGGGAAUCUUUAUCAACGAAUUGAAAAGGAGUGUGAAGUACACAUAUCUGCAGCACUGCAGUCUUUGGUUGGACAAAGCCCGGAUUUGAUUGUAUUUCUAUCUCUAGUCGAGAGAUGUUGGCAGGAUCUCUGUGACCAAAUGUUGAUGAUUCGUGGUAUAGCCUUGUUUCUGGAUAGGACAUAUGUGAAACAAUCACCAAAUAUACGGUCAAUAUGGGACAUGGGCCUUCAAAUUUUCCGAAAACAUCUUUCACUGUCUCCUGAAGUUCAACACAAAACUGUUACUGGUCUUUUACGAAUGAUUGACAGUGAAAGAUUAGGUGAAGCAGUGGAUAGAACUCUUCUCAACCAUCUUUUAAAGAUGUUUACUGCUCUGGGUAUUUAUGCAGAAAGCUUUGAGAAGCCAUUCCUUGAAUGUACAUCUGAAUUUUAUGCCGCUGAAGGUGUGAAAUACAUGCAGCAAUCAGAUGUUCCAGAUUACUUGAAGCAUGUGGAGACAAGAUUGCAAGAGGAACAUGAAAGAUGUUUGAUCUACUUGGAUGCAAGUACUAAGAAGCCAUUAAUAACAACAACAGAAAAACAACUUCUUGAACGUCAUAUACCUGCCAUUCUUGAUAAGGGUUUCUCUAUGCUUAUGGAUGGAAAUCGUAUUGAAGACCUUCAAAGAAUGCACUUGCUCUUUUCUAGGGUCAAUGCCCUUGAGUCAUUGAGGCAGGCCAUUAGUUCAUACAUCAGGAGAACUGGACAGGGCAUUGUUAUGGAUGAGGAGAAAGAUAAAGACAUGGUUCAAUCCCUUCUUGAAUUUAAGGCUGCUCUUGACACAACAUGGGAAGAAAGCUUUGCAAAGAAUGAAGCAUUCAGUAACACCAUUAAAGACGCAUUUGAGCAUCUUAUCAAUCUCCGUCAGAACCGACCUGCAGAGUUGAUUGCCAAGUUUUUGGAUGAUAAACUUCGUGCGGGUAAUAAGGGUACUUCAGAAGAGGAAUUAGAGGGCACGCUUGAUAAAGUCCUGGUUUUAUUCAGGUUCAUUCAGGGCAAGGAUGUGUUUGAGGCAUUUUAUAAGAAAGAUCUUGCUAAAAGAUUACUCUUAGGAAAGAGUGCUUCAAUUGACGCGGAGAAAUCCAUGAUCUCCAAGUUGAAGACCGAGUGUGGUAGCCAGUUUACAAACAAGCUGGAAGGAAUGUUUAAGGACAUCGAAUUAUCAAAAGAAAUUAACGAAUCCUUCAGACAGUCAUCCCAGGCGAGAACAAAACUCCCAUCAGGCAUUGAAAUGAGCGUUCAUGUCUUGACAACAGGGUACUGGCCAACAUAUCCACCCAUGGAUGUCAGACUUCCUCAUGAAUUGAAUGUUUACCAGGAUAUUUUUAAAGAGUUCUAUCUGAGCAAAUACAGUGGAAGGCGUCUCAUGUGGCAAAAUUCUUUAGGUCACUGUGUCCUAAAGGCAGAUUUUCCCAAAGGGAAAAAGGAGUUGGCUGUCUCCCUAUUUCAGACUGUUGUUUUGAUGCAAUUCAAUGAUGCUGAGAAACUAAGCUUUCAAGAUAUCAAGGAUUCUACUGGUAUCGAAGACAAGGAACUGAGAAGGACUCUGCAAUCACUUGCAUGUGGAAAAGUUCGUGUUCUACAAAAGAUGCCAAAGGGUAGAGAUGUGGAAGAUUAUGACUCGUUUGUUUUUAAUGACACAUUUACCGCCCCUCUCUACCGUAUAAAGGUGAAUGCAAUUCAGUUGAAGGAGACAGUAGAGGAGAAUACAAACACCACAGAAAGAGUUUUCCAAGAUCGUCAAUAUCAGGUCGAUGCUGCUAUUGUGAGGAUAAUGAAGACUAGGAAAGUGCUUAGUCACACUCUUCUUAUUACUGAACUCUUCCAACAGCUCAAAUUUCCUAUUAAACCAGCUGAUUUGAAGAAAAGGAUUGAAAGCCUGAUUGACAGAGAAUAUCUGGAGAGGGACAAGAGCAAUCCUCAAGUAUACAAUUACUUGGCAUAGUAUAUUUACCUCACUUUACAUUUCAAAGUUUCUUUUUCUUUUUCUUUUUUUCUUUAAAUGACAUGGGAGAGGCUUAAUGUUUAUUCCCAGUCAUAUAUGUACAGUAAAAAGGAUCCCACCUCCACCACCUCCUCUUUUUUUUAUUUAACUUUUCAUUUAUCGACAACUGUACUGUUGUAAUUGUAAAGCAUAUUUUUCCUCCUUUGAAUGUCCUUUCUUUUUCUUGAAAAAUCAAAAUUGUUCCAAAAAAGGACCGUGAUUCCAGAA